AUGUUCGGUCAUCACUUCCUUGCGCUAGGACUUAUACUUAUGCAGACAUGGGCUAUGCCCAAUGUCCUGCGCAAGGUAGGUCAGGGCGAUUCGCCUCCUUUGGUCUUACCCACUGCUGCAUCAACGUCAAAUGCUAUCGCGGCUUCCCAGAUGGACUAUCUUGCGCGGGUUGCUCUGGGUGCUGCGACUGAUCACAUUGCUCGGCAUCAACAAAAAGGAUGUACCAAGCAAAAUUUACGGCUAGAACGCCCUGCAACUCUUGUUGCUGGAGCCAAGACAAGAUACGAUGACUUUGUGGCUACGCAUAUCAAUCAGACAUUGGAGAUACAUUUCACGGGUACCUUUCUAGCAUGGCACCGAUACUUCAUCUAUGGUUUCGAACAAGCUCUCCGCGACGAGUGCGCCUAUGCUGGCGACUACCCAUACUGGGAUUGGUCCGCCGAUAUCGAGCACAUAGAACAAUCCCCCGUCUUCGACGGCACCGACACCUCAAUGUCCGGGAACGGCGUCCACAUCGCCAACGAAGCCGACAUCCCACUCAAACUAGACUCUUACCCAGCACUUAUUGUCCCCGCCGGAACAGGUGGCGGCUGCGUAACCAGCGGUCCUUUCAAAGACUACACAGUCAAUCUAGGUCCGGCAGCUCUAGUUCUCCCUGGUGGAAACCGAUACAACAACUACACCGCUGUCGCGAACCUGAUUCUUCAGAACCACGAUAUCUGGGACUUUGAAAUGACCAUGCAAGGUGUUCCCGGAUCGGGCUCUUUAGGCGUGCACGGCGGUGGACACUAUUCCAUGGGUGGAGAUCCCGGAAGAGAUGUCUACGUUAGCCCUGGUGAUCCUGCGUUCUGGCAUCAUCAUGGAAUGAUCGAUCGGGUAUGGUGGAUUUGGCAGAAUCUAGAUGUGGAGAAUAGGUUGAAUGCUAUCUCUGGGACGGGGACUUUUUUGAAUCAGCCGCCGUUGGCGAAUACGACGUUGGAGACUUUUGUUGAUCUUGGAUUUGCGAAUGGGGCUCCUGUUCAGAUGAAGGAAAUCAUGAGUACUACUGCUGGGCCAUUUUGUUAUGUUUAUGUUUGA